CACUCUCUUCUCAUCCUAUAAUCCUAUAUAUAUAUAUUCUGGGUUUAAGUUUAAGCACGGGAUAAUAAGCCAAAUCCCAUGAAAGUCUGUAAAUUGUGUCCCUUACAUACCCACACAUGCAGCAUGAAUUUGGAUUAUUGGAUAUAGCAAUAGCCAAUAAGAAAAUAGUACACCAUAUUACAACUCACAUAGGAGAGACACGGAUGUUGGGUGGAGUGUGAAAGUGUACACUGACUUACUGAGAAAAUUAAGGAACAACAUUAUUUGAUUAGCUAUGGCAUCAUCCUUAAUGUUACCAGCUGCUUCAAUGCUGAGACCAUGUACCACUUUAUCAUCAUCAUGUGCUUCAUCAAGAAGACUUGCUCUCUUUCACCUUGUCUCCACUGGUGGCAUUGCUCUCCCACAAGCUCAGUUAUUUGGUGCAGAAAAAAUAGCCCAACCAGAGAAGAAUUUGUUUGACUGGGUCAAAAAUGACAACAGAAGGUUUCUCCAUGUUGUGUACCGUGUUGGAGACUUGGAGAAGACUAUAAAGUAUGCUGUACUUUAAUUUUGGAAAUGAUGCUUCAUUGAUGCUUUAGUAUAAAUGUGUGUGAAAUUCGAUUCGGUGAUGUUGUAUGCAAUUUGAUGACAUUGUUGGGGUGCUGGUUCUACACUGAAUGCCUUGGCAUGAAGCUAUUGAGAAAACGUGAUAUACCAGAAGACAGAUAUUCUAAUGCUUUUCUUGGAUAUGGGCCUGAAGAGUCCAAUUUUACAGUUGAACUUACUUACAGUGAGUUUCAGACUUGAAUGCCACUCCUUUCUGCAUAAUCGGUAUGCGUAUGCUUUCAACUUAUCACAAAAUGCCUUCUCAUCAUACUUGCUAUUUCAUGGAGAUUGCAGAUUAUGGAGUGGAUAACUAUGAUAUUGGAAGUGGCUUUGGUCAUUUUGGUGUUGCAGUUGAAGAUUUAAGCCAUUUUUUUAAAACAUAAUAAUUCAUUAUUGUGUACAACUGGAACUACAUAUAUGCAAUGCAAAGGACAGAAACUGUUUGAUUUUCAUUAAUGCAUUCUGGGUUUUGUUUUACUUCAAUAUGUAUAUGCAACUGUUAUUUUAAAUUUUUAAAUACCAAAAAAAACUUGUAUUUUUUGGUUGCACUUGUUGAAUGACUGUCAAGCAUUUAUCUUGAAUUAAUGAAGUCGUUAGUUAAGGUGAGUUGUUAAAAUUCUUUUUUUAUGGUCACAGAAAAAAAUUCCUAUAUGAAAUUAGGAAUUUAACAACUAAAUGGCAGUUAAGAGCGACUUUUAGCACAAAAUCUCCAUUUCUUGGUGUUCAGUGUUCAUCUAUAUGCUGUAUGAUUUUUCUGAGACAAUUAAGAUUAUUAUGGUUUUGUACUGCAACUUCGUAGAUUUACAAGAGAAUAUAUCUAAUAAAGGAAAAAGGAGGGAAGGUUAAUUACAAGGGAACCAGGGCCUGUUAAAGAUGGCAGUGCAGUAAUUGCACUCAUUGAAGAUCCUGAUGGCUAUAAGUUUGAACUUUUGGAGAGAAGACCUACAUCUGAACCCCUAUGCCAAGUGAUGCUUCGAGUAGGUGAUAUUGAUCGUGUCAUAGCCUUCUAU